CUGUAGAUGGCUUGCUUAUCUAAGUAAUUCAUCACAGCAGAGUAGGUUGGUGCACUGAAUGCCUGGUUAUGCUGAGAGGCGGAGAAUGAGAGCUGUGUGUAGCCAAGUCUACCACUCUGUCAGUAGCCAGAUACAGCAUAGGCUACCUUACGCAGGGAGCCGCACUCACUGCCGCUUGCGCUCUCUAAUUAUUGCCUAAAGGGGACUGGACUACUCCCUGAAAUCUCACGGAAAGACGAGAUCAAAUUCGCUACCCAAAGAGGAAGAACAGCUGAGGCUGCCUGGAGAUUGAAACCUCCCCAUGACUGCCUGAUGACCAAGAGAUGUGGUCGUGAUCUCUGUUCCACUGGCAGAGCUUUUCACUAAGCAAGUGAGUUCCUGAUUCUUCUGCUCUGUCCUAACGUCAGAUGUCAACGACCACAGAAAAUGGAGUGGGAGGGUCUCGAAACACGAGCGGAGAGAAAACAUACAAGAAGACCACAUCGUCAGCCCUGAAGGGGGCCAUCCAGUUGGGCAUCGGCUACACAGUGGGCAACCUGACCUCCAAACCUGACAGAGAUGUUCUCAUGCAGGACUUCUAUGUGGUGGAGAGCGUCUUCCUGCCAAGCGAGGGGAGCAACCUGACACCGGCUCACCACUACCCAGACUUCCGCUUCAAAACCUACGCCCCGCUGGCCUUCCGCUACUUCCGGGAGCUCUUCGGGAUCAAACCAGAUGACUACCUGUACUCCAUCUGUAAUGAGCCUCUGAUUGAGCUGUCCAACCCCGGGGCCAGCGGCUCUCUGUUCUACCUGACCAGCGAUGACGAGUUUAUCAUCAAAACCGUCCAGCACAAAGAGGCUGAGUUUCUCCAGAAACUUCUCCCAGGUUACUACAUGAACCUGAACCAGAACCCACGCACCCUGCUGCCUAAGUUCUACGGCCUGUACUGCAUCCAGUCUGGAGGCGUCAACAUCCGGCUGGUGGUGAUGAACAACGUGCUGCCGCGCUCCGUCAAGAUGCACUACAAGUACGACCUGAAGGGCUCCACCUACAAGAGACGUGCCUCCAGGAAGGAGAGGGAGAAGGCCUGUCCCGUCUACAAGGACCUGGACUUCCAGGACAUGCAUGAAGGGCUCUACUUCGACGCUGACACCUACAAUGCCUUGAUGAAGACCCUGCAGAGAGACUGCCGGGUGUUGGAGAGCUUUAAGAUCAUGGACUACAGUCUGCUCCUGGCCGUGCAUGUCCUGGACCAGAGCCCAAAGGAGGCGGGCGAGCCGGGCCAGGCAGGGGGGGACGGCAAGCGGCCCGUGGCCCAGAGGGUCCUCUACUCCACAGCCAUGGAGUCUAUCCAGGGGGACGGCAAGGCUGCCGAGGCCCACACCACAGACGACACGAUGGGUGGAAUUCCUGCGAAAUCACACAAAGAAGAGAAGCUACUUAUUUUCCUGGGCAUCAUCGACAUCCUGCAAUCCUACCGAUUCAUUAAGAAGUUGGAGCACUCGUGGAAGGCCCUGGUCUACGACGGCGACUCUGUCUCAGUGCACAGGCCCGGUUUCUAUGCCAACCGAUUCCUCAAGUUCAUGAGCACUUCGGUGUUCCGGAAGACUCAGACCAUUCGGUUCUCCCCUUCUAAGAGAGCACGUACGUCCAUCCCUGCUCUGAAGUCAUUCUCUCAGGAAAUCCUGUCUUCUCAGAAGGAGGAGAACGAGGAGGAGAGUCGGGACAGGCUGGGAGGAGCACGCAGUCUGGCUAGUCUAGAGGGACAAGUGUUUGGCUCCUACCUGCGUCCUGACCUUGUCCCUGCCACCCCGUCCUUCUACGAGGGCUCCUCCAUGGGAACCAUCUCCUCCUCCAUCUGUGUCAACCUGGAGACCCAGUCUGAAGACAGGGACGACAUGGCGUCCAGCUCCACAUUCACCCUGGAGGACAGCGCCAUCUGUCUGACGUCAGAGCAGAGCACCAUGGACGUAGAGGUGGACAUGGACCCGGACGACGGCUCAGUGCUCGACAUCUACUUAUGAAAGGUGAGGCUUACAGACAACCAUUUUACUUUUGUCAUCUGACAAUCGCUACACUCCAUUGGACAGGGCUCCUUUGACUCCACCCCCAGCGCUGCUAGAUCCACUCUGUUGCCAAAACACAAAGGACUGGGAUGCUCACAUCUGAUAGGUUGAUGGACUGAAACAAGACACAGUGAUUGACAUCCAUUGGAAUUACAUGACAUUCCAUAAUUAAUGUGAUCAAUUUCAGACCCAACCGCUUCUUAGAGCAUGUCAGAGAAGUCCUUUAUUUUCUUUUUGUAGAAUAUUCCUUUUUCCAUGGCCUAUAAAUUAAUAUAUAUUUAGAAAAAGUAUAGAAAUAAACAUUUCUUUGAAUGUUUUAAUUUUCCUACUGACCAGAAGUGACUCUUUAAAGUUAUAGCACUUGCUUUGUAGUAGCUGGUUGGAUGAACGUUUACAUUGACAGCAGCAUCUUGGCCGUUGCAGAAGUGUCACGGAAAACAAGGCUAAUAUGGAUGAGCCUGGACUCAUUAUGCUGUAAAUGGAACAGAUACAUUCUGAAACCGCCGAGGCCAACUCUAAAGACUCAUUGGCUGGUAUGUUGAAGGUAGCUAACCAACCACCUUGCUAUUAAGUCCUGAUUGGAAUGAAGUAAAGGAGCAGUUUGAAGGCAGCAGGUGAAGGUCUGCUGUUCCCUGCUGUUGACCUGAGAGAGGCUCAGUGUUACUGGUUCUCCAGCUCCAUGGAGGAAGCACAGAGGUGGAGGACGGUGAUAUGCACUCGCUCCUGUCAAAAUGGCACUUUGGAUGUUAGUUUUGAAUACUGUAAGAACUAUUUUUCUUGAAUGUUGGGUAUAGGUGAUCACCAAACCUAAACACAGUUUUGGAUCGGUGGAAUAUGCACAUUUUUACAUUAUGUACACCUGUCAUUGCUAAGUACGUGGGUAGAUGCACAGACAAUGAAGGACUAUGGUAGAUUUUUUUGAUGCACAGAGACUAGUUUUAUGGGGAAGGGAUGUCAUGACUGAAGAUUCUCUGAUACUGAACAAGUGUGUCCUCUUUAUUGCUAAAAGCUAAGCAGCAGAUGGCCUCCAUUUUAGACUGAGAAGCUGGUAUAUGACACCUCACCCUGAAGACCAUAUCAAACUGUCUCUGAAUUCCAUGAUCACGCAUCGGUUUUGAGACCAUAAUUUAUUACAUAAAGCUCAAAUAUACGGUUUGCUGAAGAUAAAUAUUUUAAUCAUUGAAUGUAAAGACACUCCUAAAAUAAAUAAAAAUGCUUGA